UAUUUCCCUAGUUAGCUAGCCUGGUUCAAUUCGCGCAUUUUUGAUUUGUUUCGCCGAUGUUUACCGGGAUAGACGCCGAGCAGGAGAUGUCUGUGAUGGUUUCGGCCUUGACUCAGGUGGUGGCCGGAAAUGACGGCAGCUACCAUCCCCCUCCCGCCGCCGCCGACGGAUCUUCCCAUCAGUCGUCGUGGGGUGUCGGCGGAGUGAAACUGGAAUCGCCGUCGUCCUCUAUUCCCCCGGGAUACUUAGGAGGGGAAUGCAGAAUAAUAAGAUCAAUGAGCACCGGCAUGGGAGGGACAGGUGAAGCAGCUGCGGCAACCUCCUUCAUAUACACCUCCGGUAGCAGCCCCGAUUCAGGCGGAGACGUUAGCGUUGUUAAUAUUAACGACGGUGAACAUGACGGGACAACGACGACGACAAGACCUGGAGGAGGAGGAGGAGGAGGAGGAAGAAGAUACAGGGGAGUGAGACAGAGGCCAUGGGGGAAAUGGGCCGCCGAGAUCAGAGACCCCUACAAAGCCGCCAGAGUGUGGCUCGGCACCUUCGACACUGCCGAGGCCGCCGCCCGAGCCUACGACGAGGCCGCCCUCACAUUCCGGGGAAGCAAAGCCAAACUCAACUUCCCGGAGAACGUCAUCGGCCUCUCCCCCACCGCCACGGAACAUUUCAUCUUUUCCUCUUCUUCUUCCUCUAAUCAGUCAAUUGGUCAUCUAGUUGAGCUGUGCAGGAAAAGGCUUAACUUAAACACUAAGGGAUCAGAGAAGAAGAAAACCAGGUGGAGACCAAAAGUUUUUCAACAAGGGGAUAAGGAACCAGAACCUAAACUCACUGAAACACAGGAUGAAGACAAAGAUGUUGAAGGUAAUAAAGAAACAAAGAUCAUUUCAGAUGCGGUAAUAUCUAAUGCUUGUUGUAAGGCUGAUAUCAGUGUGCUCAACAAGGAGAUCUUUGAUGACUCUGGUUUUCUAGAGGAAGUGACUAGGCCUUUCCAAGAGUAUCUGGAAGUCUGUGGAUUAGAAGAUCUUCCUUUUGAAGGACCCAGAUUCACCUGGACAAAUAACCAGGAGAUUGAUAAGAGAAUCUAUUCCAAACUGGAUAGACCUUUGGGAAAUAUUGAAUGGAUACUCAAUUUGGAUUAUAAGGUUUACUUCAAGGAGAGAGGAAUAUGUGAUCACUCCUCUAUUGUCGUCAAACAGAUAGCCCAGCAAGUGCCUAGUCUUCAUUUUAGCUUCUAUGAUAUGUGGACACUUGAUCCCCAUUUCCCCUCUUUGGUGGCUGAAGUCUGGGAUAAAGAACACCAAGAUUAUCUCAUCGACCAUUUCAGCUACGGCUUCAGCUCAGCACUUCAAUCCUUAGCAUCAUCAUCUACUCUAUUGUUUGAUUUUAGAAAAAUGGCAGAACAAAAUCAGCAAAGCAUCGAAGCUUCUUCACAAUCAACUGCAAAUAAUAGUUCAAUCCCUACUGAAUCACUUGUUUUAGAACAAGAUACCCAAGCAAAUGCAAAGAAAAGAAAGUUGACCUCACAGUUUCGAUCAAGGACUACAGUGAAGAAUGAUUUGAUGGAAGUUUAUAAUGAAGAAAAAGCACUAAUGUACGAUGUUGUUGGAAACUUAACUUCACGAGUGACUCUUACAACUGAUGGGUGGACAUCGGAUCAUCAAAAUCGGGGGUAUUUUUGUCUAACUUCUCAUUUUAUUGAUUCUGAUUGGAAAUUGCAAAGUAAAUUGCUUGCUUUUCAUGUUGUUGAAUAUCCGCAUAGUGGGUUGCGUUUAUGUGAAUGGGUUAUUGAUGAUACACGUGCCUCACUUAACUCUGACACAGUUGAGGCUUUACUUUGUGUGAAAGAUUGGUUGCCAAGUAUUGAAGGGGAAGAUGACGAGUGAAGCUAAUCCAUUGGACCUUGUUGUGGCAUGAAUCACGUUUAAGGGUAUCCUAAAGAGAUGCUUUCCAUGGAAUUCAAGAAUGAUGAUUUAUGUAAACAUUAAUGAUGUGAUUUAACUGAUUUUACUUUUUGGUUACAAAUUUAGAUUUCAUGUUUUCUAAUUUUUGUUGCUUGUUACAAGGUCAAAUCUUUUUGUUGUUUAUGUUGUAGAUUAAGAAACUUGGUUAAGGAUU